CAGCUCCUUGCACAAUUGUUUAAUGUUCUUGCCAGUUUUGUAAAGGGAGACAUCGUCCGCGUACUGUCGAGCCUUGCAGUGCUGGGGUACAGAGGGGAGCUUUCUGACUGACAGAUUGAAGAGAGAGGGCCCCAAGACGGAGCCUUGCGGAACCCCCCUGUUGCUGCUAUAUGUCAGACCUUGCUGCGUCUUGGUGUCCACACGUUGCUUCCUGUGGGUAAGGUAGCUACAGAACCACUGCAAGGCAGUACCACCGACACCGAUCUCCAGAAGUUCACUCAGUAGAACUUCAUGACUAACUGUGUCGAAUGCCUUAGACAUGUCUAGGAAGGCAGCUACGACAUAAUCACCUUUGUCCAAGGAGAGCAUCCAGUCGUUGAUCACGGGAGUGAGCAAGUCCUCACAGGAGUGACCUCUGCGGUAGGCAAAUUGCUCAGCAGCACGACAGAUGUUGAUGUUGUCAACAGCAGCGGCAGUGACAGCAGUAGCAGCAGCGACAGCAAAACACCAGACAUGAGUUGCACGAAUGAUUUAGAUUCCGUCACCAGCAGCAGCAACAGCAGCAGCAACAGCAGCAGCAACAGCAGCAGCAACAGCAGCAACAGUAGCAGCAACAUCGAUACGUCAAACAUAAAGUGCGAGCCAGAAGAUGCGACAAGCACCAGCACGACCAGCAAUGGCAGCAGUAAGAGCAAGAACAAGAGCGACACCACCGACAUGAGCUGCUCAUCAGAUGUCGAUGUCAUCAAGAGCAGCAACAGCAGCAAGAAAAAUAGCAGCAACAGCGAGAAAAAUGGUAGCAGCAAGAAAACCAGCGCCACUGGUGAGAAAAAUAGCAGCAGCAGCGGGAAAACUGGCAGCAGUAGCAGCAAAAAGGUAGCAGCUACUUCCUCAUCGUCCAAAUCACCCACCACGAAGGGUAGCAAGUCGACCGAAGAGAUUCCCGCCAUGCACACCAUCCGCAUGAGUGCCAACGGCUUUCGGCAACGCUGGAACGGGCAGCAGUGGCGUCGGCUGUGCGACGAUCCCGAGUGCCCGCGAGAGGCACAGCGUCUCUCGCGGUGCGCCAAGCACCAGCCGAUCAAGGAGUGGCGUCCGACACGGCGCUCGCGCACCUCCAUGUCCAAGAUGAAGGGCAUGGGUCACGCUCAGUCGACGACCGGCGGGGGCAGUGUCAAUGGCGGUAGCAGUGAUCAUCAUCACCACCACCACCAUCAUCCCUACGACCGCACGUCCCAGGCCAUCUCGGCGUCGCUGCUGUCCAGCGUGACGCACGGCCUGCCGACGACACUCUCCGACCCGAUCCUCUUCCCGCCGGAAUCGGCCAGCCUAACGAUGGCGGCUAACGGCGGUGGCGGCGGUGGCGGCAAUGGUGGCUGCUCCGGCAGCGCCAGCAGCAACGGCGAGCACGACGAUGGCCUGUCGUCUCCCCUGCAGUGGGGCUGGCCCUCUGCCGCCGCCGGUGGUGCUGGCGGUACGGUGGCGCAGACCGGAUACACCAUGCCGUUCCCAACCUCCCCGGCGGCCGCCGCAGCGGCAGCGUACGCACACCAUCACCACCAUCCGGGCUAUCCGUUCGAGAACCUGGCCAUGAUGUACGGACUGCCCAGCUCCGAGCAGCUCGUGCACGCCGCGGCAGCCUGGCCCAUGCAUCCGGCCAACUUCGGUCACCUGCCCUGAGCAUGCCACGCCACUAUUGCUUGUUGAAUGAAAAAAAGUAUUGACGGAUCACAGCCCACUGAACUGCACACGCGCACACAACCGCACACACUGGCCAUAAAUUGGGCACGACUUUUAUUCAACUUCAGACAGACACACACACACACAAAUCUAUGAAAAACACGUUUAGGAGGCGCUAGGCCCAACCCGUGUUUCAGCGAGGCAUACUGCAGCUACGACAAGCCUUGCGCCCCGCCACACGGGACCGCACAGCGGUUGGCCCCUGCGCUUAGCGGGCAACGACGCGCUCUCGUGCGCGCGUGCAGGACAGCAUCAUCGACGGUUGGUUAAGUCAUUGUCGGCUCACGGAUGCGUGCGGAUGCACGAGCAGGCCUUUAAGCCCUGACCUGUGGAGCGUGUGCAUAUGGAUUGUUAGUGUUAGGCUAGGCCGUAGGCUAGGUUGUGUGUUGAGUAUCUACUCAUAUUCGUCUUCUUUUUCCCGGGCCCCCCGCCCCCCACCCUGUGCUCUUUCACUCUGUGUACAGCAUUUCCAUGCGGAUCUUUCAUGUACUUGACUAUUCGCUCCAGAUCGAUAUGUUCUCUCCUUGCUCUUUCCAAUAUCUCUGAUACUUUUUCUUCCGUUUCUCAAUUUGUUUUAUUGUUGGCCCAUGAUUAAAAUGAUGGUUUGUGUACAGCAUUUCCAUGUGGACCUUUCAUGCACUUGACUAUUCGCUCCAGAUCGAUAAUGUUCUCUCCUUGCUCUUUCCAAUAUCUCUGAUACUUUCUCUUCCGUUUCUCAAUUUGUUUUAUUGUUGGCCCAUGAUUAAAAUGAUGGUUUGUAUCCGAUGAUGUUCUCUCUUGCCGUAUCUCCUCCCUGUCGCGUGUAUAUGUACCGAUAAUUAUGUGUGCUGCGUGUUUUUUUUAUAUUCUUGCUUUAAUAUCCUGUUGUUUGUCACCAAUGGACGUUUGCAGCUCCAUAUGCUCUGCCUUGUUUUUGUUGUGUUUUCACCCGACUACUUCAAAAUGAAUCUGAUCUUGCG